GCAUAACGCAGCUGCAACAUGCGCGCAUCAGCGGUGGGUUUAGUUGAUGAGGAGGACCCCAGAGAACUGCGGGAAGCGACUGCUGCAAGACAGGAAAGAACUGCUUUCUACACCUUCCUAUGUUGUCUUUCCGCGCGGUUGGUCUUCCUCGUUGCACACGGCCUCACAUGUUUUGCGGCAUCUGUCUCAUUGCAGGACAUUGAGAGUGGCAUAGCCAACUGGUGGUUGAUCUUCCUUCCCAUUUGGAUCGGAUGCGCAUGCUGUCUUGUUUUGCUCAUAGUGUCCUGGUUUGCUUCUUGCAAGUACAUCAAGCUGUGCCUCUCUGAGCGUGUUGUUCGAAUCAACGAUAAUCCAAGCAUUCUCACAGAGGUGCUGCCAGAUAUUACGACGACCAUUCCUGGGCUGAUAUUCCUGGUGCUGGCAUUUUACAGCGAGUUUUACCUUUGUGAAUAUUUGGCGACAUCUCAAGCAGGUGAGCCAAGCUCCCUGACCAGCUACAUGGUGCUCUCCACUUGCGUUGCUUUGCUUUCAAUUUGUCAGGGCACACUCUUCACAGAGAAUUCAGCUCUUUGGAUCUCACUAGGCGCUGGCCUCCUGGUUUCAUCUCUUUCCUUUGCGGCCUCACGUGGAGAGCAAAAAUCUGCUUUUCUUCAGGCGCUGAUCGUUCUUCCCUUUGUCCUUGCUGUAGCGACGUUACUGACUGCAUCGAUUCACAGGCUGAAGCGCUAUGCCGCAGUGCUGCGCAGAGAAGAGCAGACCUUCCAGAAGAUCGAGGUGGCCCUGCUGGGCAUUCUUUUCAUUUGCCUGGCAUCCGUGGCCUACAAGGUCUUCAUGGACAAACUGAGUGAGGCUGCCGUGGAAGGGUGCUUGGUUGGGAUCUUCCUUUGCUUGCUGGCCUUCCCCCGUGCUCGGCUUUGCAUGUGGGAGGCCAAGCAUGGGCAUCUGGCUGAUCGGAGCAACUGGAGCGAGGCACUUCCACUUUGAAACUGACACUGCCUGACUCUAUGCGGCAAAAUGCGACAAAA